AUACGACGUAUCAACAUCUGUCGGUUGGCAAAGGUCGUGAAUUGCGGAAACAUGGGUUCAUUCGUGAGGCUCUGGAAAGAAUUAGCGGGAGAUCUACUUGAUGCCGACUUUACGGACGGCGGAAGAGAACCAUUCAAGCAUUUUCAUUCU